CCGCCGGUCACUGGCUGGCACCGGGUCCCCGCCACUCCCCCUCCUGUCGCCCUACCGGGUCCCGGCGACACGGCCUGCGUGGAUGUCAGCGCAGGCUGGACUCAUGGCUUCUGCGCUGAGGUUCGACGGGCGUGUGGUCCUGGUGACCGGCGCGGGCGGAGGAUUAGGCCGAGCCUAUGCCCUGGCUUUUGCAGAGAGAGGAGCAUUAGUUGUUGUGAAUGACUUGGGCGGAGACUUCAAGGGGGUUGGUAAAGGCUCCUCGGCUGCUGAUAAGGUGGUUGAAGAGAUAAGAAAGAAAGGCGGGAAAGCAGUGGCCAAUUAUGACUCGGUGGAGGCCGGCGAGAAGGUCGUGAAGGCGGCGCUGGACGCUUACGGAAGAAUAGAUGUUGUGGUCAACAAUGCCGGGAUUCUGCGGGACCGCUCCUUCACGAGGAUAAGUGAUGAAGACUGGGAUAUAAUCCAGAGAGUUCAUUUGAGGGGCUCAUUCCAAGUGACGCGGGCAGCAUGGGAUCACAUGAAGAAGCAGAAUUAUGGCAGGAUCAUUAUGACGUCAUCAGCUUCGGGGAUAUAUGGCAACUUUGGCCAGGCAAACUACAGUGCUGCAAAGCUGGGCAUUUUGGGCCUGGCCAACACGCUCGCCAUCGAAGGCCGGAGGAACAACAUUCACUGUAACACUAUUGCCCCUAACGCGGGAUCGCGGAUGACGCAGACUGUUUUGCCGGAAGAUAUUGUUGAAGCCUUGAAGCCUGAUUAUGUGGCUCCCCUGGUCCUCUGGCUUUGCCAUGAGACUUGUGAGGAAAAUGGUGGCUUGUUUGAGGUUGGAGCCGGAUGGAUUGGAAAAUUGCGCUGGGAGCGGACCCUCGGGGCCAUCGUGAGAGAGCGGAACAAGGCAAUGACUCCCGAGGCAGUGAAGGCCAACUGGAAGAAGAUCUGUGACUUCAGUAACGCCACCACCCCUCAGAGCAUCCAGGAAUCAACAAGCGGUAUACUUGAAGUUCUGCAGAAAGUCGAUUCAGGAGGAAUGUCCGCAAAUCCUACCAGUCAGGCGGCACCUGCGGCCACAUCAGAUUUUGCCGGAGCCGUUGGCCACAAACUGCCUUCCUUCUCGUCUGCCUACACGGAACUGGAAAGCAUCAUGUACGCCCUCGGAGUGGGGGCUUCCGUCAAGAAUCCCAGCCACCUCAAGUUCGUUUACGAGGGAAGCGCUGACUUCUCCUGCUUGCCCACUUUCGGAGUUAUCGUAGCCCAGAAGUCCUUGAUGGAUGGGGGAUUGGCGGAGAUCCCUGGACUUUCUGUCAACUUUGCCAAGGUUCUUCAUGGGGAGCAAUACUUGGAGCUGUAUAAACCACUUCCUAGAGCAGGGAAAUUAAAAUGUGAAGCAGUUGUUGCUGACAUCCUCGACAAGGGAUCGGGCUUAGUCAUUAUUAUGGACGUCCAUUCUUAUUCCGAGAAGGAACUUAUUUGCUACAACCAGUUCUCCCUCUUCCUUGUUGGCUCUGGAGGCUUUGGUGGGAAACGAACAUCAGACAAAGUCAAAGUGGCCGUCGCUGUACCUAACAGACCUCCUGACGCUGUGGUGAAGGAUGCCACCUCACUUAAUCAGGCUGCUUUGUACCGCCUCAGUGGAGACUGGAAUCCCUUACACAUUGACCCUAACUUUGCUAGCAUUGCUGGUUUCGAGAAGCCCAUAUUGCAUGGCCUGUGUACCUUUGGGUUUUCUGGGCGGCAUAUUUUGCAGCAGUAUGCGGAUAAUGAUGUGUCAAGAUUCAAGGCAAUUAAGGCUCGUUUCGCCAAGCCAGUGUAUCCGGGACAAACUCUCCAAACUGAGAUGUGGAAGGAAGGGAACAGAAUUCAUUUUCAGACCAAGAUCCAAGAAACUGGAGACAUUGUGAUUUCAAACGCAUAUGUGGAUCUUGUGCCAGCAUCUGGUGCCUCAGCUAAGACGCCCUCUAAGGCUGGGGAGCUGCAGAGUGCUCUUGUGUUUGGAGAGAUCGGUCGGCGCCUUAAGGACAUCGGGCCCGAGGUGGUGAAGAAAGUGAACGCCGUGUUCGAGUGGCACAUCACCAGAGGCGGAGACACCGCAGCCAAGUGGACUAUUGACCUGAAGAGCGGCUCUGGAGAGGUGUACCCAGGCCCUGCGAGAGGCUCUGCCGAUACAACCAUCAUCAUCUCGGACGAAGACUUCCUGGACGUGGUCCUGGGCAAGCUUGACCCUCAGAAGGCGUUCUUCAGUGGCAAGCUGAAGGCCAGAGGGAACAUCUUGCUGAGCCAGAAACUGCAGAUGAUUCUCAAAGACUACGCCAAGCUGUGACGGGCUCGCCGCACGCGACCCCAGAUGAGCGCUGAACCCCUCCUCACCACGUCUGCUUGUUGCUUCUGCAAACCGAUCGGAACCGAGAUGCAGGGGAGGCCGCUUCCCAUACAGCCUUCAGAUAAUGUUUCAGAUGUUCAUUUUCUACUAAUUUUACACAUACCGUUAUUUUUACAAGGAACUGUAAGCUACUGCAUAAUUGCUCUGUUCAUAAAUCUGUGUCUUAAUGAGAAAUGCAGCCAAAUCCAGUAGCUUUAGAAACUGUGACAGCUUUCCUACACUGAAGAGAUGAUUAAGGGAAUAAAGGCCACUUUGAUACCUGCUA